AUGGUUAAGGCCUUGAGGCAGGAAGGAGAAGCCGCGGCAGCUCCGGCUGAGGGCGGUGCAGCCCCACCAGCAGAGGGUGCGCCCCCAGCUGAAGGCGCACCUCCAGCGGAAGGAGCCCCUCCAGCGGAGGGCGCCCCCGCAGCGCCGGCGGAAGGGGCCCCGGCAGCACCUCCAGCAGAAGGUGCCCCACCAGCGGAAGGUGCCCCUCCGGCAGAGGGCGCCCCUCCUGCAGAAGGCGCCCCUCCUGUAGAAGGCGCCCCUCCUGCAGAAGGCGCCCCAGCCGCACCCCCAGCAGAAGGAGCCGCUCCUGCGGAAGGAGCUCCAGCAGCGCCGCCAGCAGAAGGCGCACCACCGGCAGAGGGCGCCCCCGCCCCACCUGCAGAAGGAGCACCUGCGGAUGCUCCAGCGCCAGAGGCUGCGCCUGCGGAAGCUGUCCCAGAGCCUGCUCCCGCGCCGGAAGCGGCGCCGGCACCUGUCGAAGCAUCCGCCUAAAGCAACUCAGCUAGCAUCCGAUGACAUCAAAGGCAUCAUACACAGCGAUUUUAUCAAAAAACGUAUUUAUUACAAGAUAGGAUCUUUUCUACCGUACAGUCCGUACAUCAUUGACAUUUGUAAAUACAUUU